GAACAGUGAACUGGCAAAGGCAAUGCUGUUAACAGCUCGCCGCCUGUCCAAAGUGCUGCAGCUCACCCUGGCGGUCAUGAAACCAGAUGCUGUAGCUCACCCUGUGAUGUUAGAGGCUCUCCACCAGAGAAUCCUGGACAACAACUUUGUGAUUGUUAGAUGCAAAGAUCUUGUGUGGAAGAGACAGGACUCUGAGAGGUUUUACGCCGAACAUUCAGGAAGAUUCUUCUACCAAAGACUUGUUGAAUUCAUGUCAAGUGGUCCGAUGCGAGCGUAUAUUUUAGCCAGAGAGGACGCCAUUCGUCACUGGAGAGAACUUAUGGGACCAACCAAAGUGUUCAGAGCCAGAUACACCUCGCCUGCUACUAUCAGGGCCCAGUUUGGACUCACAGACACACGAAACACAACCCACGGAUCAGAUUCUGUUGAGUCGGCACAAAGAGAAAUCCAUUUCUUCUUUCCAGACUUCAGUGUGGAGGAGUGGGUGGAGAAAGAAGAGCCAUCGUUCAGAUCAGGACAAAUGCAUUACGACCACCAAAAACAGAUCCACACACUUUUAACAAAAAGCUGACCCCAGAACUGCUGUUACAGUCACUGAUCCCCCCCCCAAGGACCACUUAGAAACCCUGCAAUUGUUUGUCAAUUGUUCAUACAAAAAAAUGCAAGCUGCUUGAGAAGAUGCUACAAUCCUACUGGCUAUAUUUAUUGUAUACUGUGUGACGAGCCCAGAAAAGUGCAUGUUUGUCACCAAAGUUCCUCAAAGUGCCAAUAUGUUUAUCCCAUGUUUUUGUCAGUAAAACUGAGUUUCCUUGAACAUGGAAAGAUAUACAGCUUACAAAGUCAUUAAAAGAAGCACCAUAAA